AUGGAUACCGCCCCAGGAAACGAGUUGAACCUUCCUGACUAUGAUGACCUUCCGCUGGUUGAAGGCAUGCCCAAGGGCUGUGUCUGGGGACUUUUCGACAAGGAUGGAAAGAAAGACCUCUUCGGGACCUUGAACUUGCUCACCCCUCCAGUUGUGAAGGCAGCCAGCGCCGAGAUCCGCGAUGGCGUAUCCAUCUCGUUGAACUGGCCUUUGGAUAGCAUGAACAAGCUGGCUAUCCCAGGACGCAAGCAAUCAGUUCAUAAGGUGCACUCGCUGCAGGCAGCCGGACUCAGUCAAGGGAUUGGCUGGGACGACGAGCUGGACUUCAACACGCAAGGUAGCAGUCAGUGGGACAGUCUAGUCCACUGGCAGCAUCAGCCGACGGGAUUCGCCUACAAUGGCUUCAAGCCAACACAAGAAGAACUAUCAGCGACAUCUACGGCAUCAAACAAAAUGCCCACCAUUGACCACUGGCAUGAGCGAGGUGGCGUGGUGGGUCGCGGAGUCUUGAUCGAUUACAAAGCAUACGCUGACGCGAAGGGCAUCGACUACCAUCCCAUGGAGGGCUACCGCAUCACCAUCGAAGACAUUGAGGCUGUAGCUAAACAUCAAGGCGUAGAAUUCAAGCAUGGCGACAUUUUCUUGCUUAGAACAGGCAUCACUGAGAUCAUAGACAAGCCUACAGCGGACGAUUUCGCCAAGUUGGGGCAGUAUAAGUUGUCGGGCGUGCAUGGUACGGAGGAGACAGCCAAGUGGUUCUGGAACAAGCACUUUGCUGCUGUUGCUGGCGACUCUAACGCCUUUGAGGCAUUUCCACCUGUCAAGCCAGACGGAACUCCAGCAGGAAUGACUGAUCUUGUCCUCCACCCCUACUUCUUGAGUCUAUUCGGCAUGCCCAUUGGCGAGCUAUGGGAUCUCAGUCGGUUGUCAGCAUACUGCAAGAAGACAGGGAGGUAUUCAUUCUUCUUGACCUCCGCGCCGAUGAAUGUUUCCUGUC